GAAUUCCGCCCGUUCUGCGUUCAAAAGAUACAAACAUCUAAAGGCCCGCGGGAUGAGAUGGAAGAUAGCUCGUUAGAAGUGAAACCCGUGCCACCAAAAAAGAAGAAGGCCACGCGAUUUGAUGCAGCUGAAGCACUUCGCCAGGCGAAUCAAUUUUUCAAUCCGCAUGCCCCAAUGGAGGAUGGAAAGAUUGUCGCAGAGGCCAUUAAUAUGCAUCAGGCACCUUGGGUCGAGAUGGGUUCUUUGGACGAUGACUCUGUCCUUCCCAUUCUCGAGCAGGUGGUAGCAAAGCAGCUCGCGAUUGAGGGAAUGAGGAAGAAAUAUGAGGUGGCAAAACGGUUGGGUCGUGUGGUGAAGUUCUUCGUGAAUGAGACUGGCUCGACAGAUUGGGAUGAGUGUAAAUCGCUUUACCCAAUGCACACGACGAAGGAUCUUUUGGAGCCAUUUGAGAGUAACUGGAGGGCGAAGGGAGAUGUGCCUAAAGCUUUAGUGGCACACGUUGAGCGCGCUAAGGCGUGGAAGGAGCUGAACGACAAGCGUGUAGGAGAAAGUCGAAGGACAAAGCAAAAAAUGGCAAUGGCUGAAGAAGCUACUGCUCACUUCUCUGACUGGACUGAGAUCAGAGAUGGGGACCACUCCGGUUUUGUAAAAGUCCUGGAAGGUGAUAUGCUUGAUUUGAACAAUUUGCAGAAGCCUUUGCCCUUCUCUUUGACCAUCUGCGACUUCCCUUACGGAUUCGAUCUGCCGAUGUCAGUCGAUGACAACCGUCAUUUUCCAGAGGAUGAUAUUGUCCACGUCCUGCAGAACAUCAAGGAGGUAUGCAUGGGGCCGCUGUGGACAGUUGUUGGAUUCUGCUCUUUGGACGUGAUGUCUUAUGUGCGGAGUGCCUUUGCGAUGGUUUGCCACUCAGGGCAAGAAGUGAUCACCUGGUGCAAGCCGAACGUAAUGAAUACAGACGGGCCUCGUCUUAUCAGUGCAACGAAAUUUUGUGUAAUCGGUUACUACAGCGUGAGUGGUAAAAGGGAAGCGGCCCACUACAAUUUUGCCUCAACGGAUGUCCUGCACAACUACCGCAUUUUCGACGCUGUCAUGAAGAAGUACAAUCACCCUCUCGACCUUGAAGUUCUGUGUCCGUACCAGAAGCCUGUCGCUCUGUACGAUUGGCUGGUGGACAAAUUCUCCCCUCCUGGAUCGUACGUCAUCGAUGCCUUUUCAGGCUCUGGAACUGGUGCAAUUGCCUGUGUUCUUUGCAACAGGAAUUGCCUAGUUGUCGAGAAAAACAGCCGGUGCAUCAGCGGUAUUCGCUCGCGCAUUCUGAACGACAUUGGACCUACCAUCGAGAGAGAACGCCGGCGCAAAGAAGCAGAAGAGGAGGAAAAGCACUACAACCACGCGUUCAUUGCAGAGGAGGAGGUGACCGGGACGAGUGCACAACCGACACAUGACGAGCUCAAGGUCAUCAGUCCUGCAAAGAUAAUGCUAGCCCCCUCGGCAGUGAGUGGUGAGGCUGUAACAACUACAGCGGCCCAGGCGGUUAUGGGAGAGGGUGCACCAGCAGCGGCAGAAGGAACUGCGGCAACAGGAGCAGCAGCUGCAGCAAGGGAGGCACGGGUUGUAGGACCAGUAGCGACAGCAACAGCAACGACACCAACAACAGCUGCAGCAGCGGCACAACGCAGCCAAGGGUCCUGCGCAGAACCUGCGGCAAGUCAGGACUCGUCAAGAGGAACCACGACGAGGUCUAGGAAGAGGAAGCUUGCCGCUGAAGAGGUUACGAGCCCAAAGGCGACAACACAUGUGAUUGCGCUAAGCUCGAAAGGCCACUGAAGAGGAAGUUGGCCAGGGACACGGGAUGCUCGCGGUAGCAGCAAUUUUGUUUAUAGUACUAUAAAUAUGGCUACAGACUUUCUACGGACGGAUUUGUAGUGCUUCAAAGACAGGUUUAAAGUGCUUAUCUUGAACUUUUCUUAUAGAACAAUAAAUCUGUCCGCAGAAAGUCUACAGACAUAUUUAUAGUACUUUAAAGAAAGUUGCUGCUACCGCCAGCAUAUUUAUAGUUCUCUAAACAAAAUUGCAGAUAAGCA